AUGACAGCCACGACUCGUGGCUCUCCAGUAGGAGGGAAUGACAACCAGGGCCAGGCUCCCGAUGGCCAGGCUCAGCCCCCCCUCCAGCAGAAUCAGACGUCAUCGCCUGAUUCUUCCAACGAAAACUCCCCGGCGACUCCCCCAGAUGAGCAAGGUCAGGGCGAUGCUCCCCCCCAGCUGGAAGAGGAGGAGCCUGCGUUUCCGCACACCGACCUGGCCAAGCUGGAUGACAUGAUCAAUAGGCCUCGGUGGGUGGUUCCAGUCUUGCCGAAAGGGGAACUAGAAGUGCUUUUAGAAGCUGCUAUUGAUCUCAGUAAAAAAGGCCUUGAUGUUAAAAGUGAAGCAUGUCAGCGAUUCUUUCGAGAUGGACUCACAAUAUCCUUCACUAAAAUCCUUACAGACGAGGCAGUGAGUGGCUGGAAGUUUGAGAUUCACAGGUGUAUUAUCAAUAACACUCAUCGCCUGGUGGAACUAUGUGUGGCCAAGCUGUCCCAAGACUGGUUUCCACUUCUAGAACUUCUCUCCAUGGCCUUAAAUCCUCAUUGCAAAUUCCACAUCUACAAUGGUACCCGCCCGUGUGAAUCCGUCUCCUCAAGUGUUCAGUUGCCUGACGACGAACUCUUUGCCCGUUCUCCAGACCCUCGCUCACCAAAAGGUUGGCUAGUGGAUCUCCUCAACAAAUUCGGCACUUUAAAUGGGUUCCAGAUUUUGCAUGAUCGUUUUAUUAGUGGAUCAGCAUUAAAUGUUCAAAUAAUUGCAGCUCUUAUUAAACCGUUUGGACAAAGCUACGAAUUUCUCACUCUCCACACGGUGAAAAAGUACUUCCUUCCCAUCAUAGAAAUGGUUCCACAGUUUUUAGAAAACUUAACUGAUGAAGAGCUGAAAAAAGAAGCAAAGAAUGAAGCCAAAAAUGAUGCCCUUUCAAUGAUUAUUAAAUCUUUGAAGAAUUUAGCGUCAAGGGUUCCAGGACAAGAAGAAACUGUAAAAAAUUUAGAAAUAUUUAGGUUAAAAAUGAUACUUAGAUUAUUGCAAAUUUCUUCUUUCAAUGGCAAGAUGAAUGCACUGAACGAGGUGAAUAAGGUGAUUUCCAGCGUGUCGUACUACACUCACCGCCAUGGCAGCCCGGAGGAGGAAGAGUGGCUCACCGCUGAGCGGAUGGCAGAAUGGAUACAGCAGAACAACAUCUUAUCCAUCGUCCUGCGAGACAGCCUGCACCAGCCACAGUACGUGGAGAAGCUGGAGAAGAUUCUUCGUUUCGUCAUCAAAGAAAAGGCUCUGACCUUGCAAGACCUUGAUAAUAUCUGGGCAGCACAGGCAGGGAAGCACGAGGCCAUUGUGAAGAAUGUACAUGAUCUACUGGCAAAGUUGGCCUGGGAUUUUUCUCCUGAACAACUUGAUCAUCUCUUCGAUUGCUUUAAGGCAAGUUGGACAAAUGCAAGUAAAAAGCAGCGGGAGAAGCUCCUUGAGCUGAUCCGCCGCCUGGCAGAGGAUGACAAGGACGGGGUGAUGGCGCACAAGGUGCUGAACCUCCUGUGGAACCUGGCGCACAGCGAUGACGUGCCCGUGGACAUCAUGGACCUGGCCCUCAGCGCCCACAUCAAAAUACUCGAUUACAGCUGCUCCCAGGACCGUGACACACAGAAGAUCCAGUGGAUAGAUCGCUUUAUAGAAGAACUUCGUACAAAUGACAAAUGGGUGAUCCCCGCACUGAAACAAAUUAGAGAAAUUUGUAGUUUGUUUGGGGAGGCACCUCAGAAUUUGAGUUCUUCUCGUUUCAGUCAAACUCAGCGAAGUCCCCAUGUAUUUUAUCGCCAUGAUUUAAUCAAUCAACUUCAGCACAAUCAUGCCCUAGUUACUUUGGUAGCAGAAAACCUUGCAACUUACAUGGAGAGCAUGAGAAUGUAUGCCAGAGACCAUGAGGACUAUGACCCGCAGACUGUGAGGCUGGGUAGUAGAUACAGUCACGUCCAAGAAGUCCAGGAACGGCUGAACUUCCUGAGGUUUUUGCUGAAGGACGGCCAGCUGUGGCUAUGCGCCCCGCAGGCCAAACAGAUCUGGAAGUGCCUGGCGGAGAACGCCGUGUACCUGUGCGACCGCGAGGCCUGCUUCAAAUGGUACUCCAAGCUGAUGGGGGAUGAGCCCGACCUGGACCCCGAUAUUAACAAGGACUUCUUCGAAAGCAACGUGCUGCAGCUCGACCCUUCCCUCUUAACGGAAAACGGGAUGAAGUGUUUUGAGCGGUUCUUCAAAGCUGUGAAUUGUCGAGAAGGAAAACUGGUGGCGAAGCGGAGAGCCUACAUGAUGGAUGACUUGGAGCUGAUCGGGUUAGACUACCUGUGGAGGGUCGUGAUUCAGAGCAAUGACGAUAUUGCCAGCAGAGCUAUAGAUCUCCUUAAAGAGAUAUACACAAACCUGGGGCCGAGGCUACAGGUGAAUCAGGUGGUGAUCCAUGAAGACUUUAUUCAGUCUUGCUUUGAUCGUUUGAAAGCCUCCUAUGACACGCUGUGUGUAUUGGAUGGUGACAAAGACAGUAUUAAUUGUGCGAGGCAGGAAGCUGUUCGGAUGGUUCGCGUGUUAACCGUGUUGAGGGAGUACAUAAAUGAAUGCGACAGCGAUUACCACGAGGAAAGGACCAUCCUGCCGAUGUCAAGAGCUUUCCGUGGCAAACACCUCUCCUUCAUAGUCCGCUUCCCGAACCAGGGCAGGCAGGUGGACGACCUGGAUGUGUGGUCCCAUACCAACGACACGAUCGGCUCCGUGCGGCGGUGCAUUCUCAAUCGCAUCAAAGCCAACGUGGCCCACACCAAGAUCGAGCUCUUUGUGGGCGGGGAGCUGAUAGAUCCUGCUGAUGACAGGAAAUUGAUUGGACAAUUAAACUUAAAAGAUAAAUCCCUAAUUACAGCCAAGCUUACACAAAUAAGUUCCAAUAUGCCUUCAAGCCCUGAUAGCUCUUCUGAUUCCUCAACUGGAUCUCCUGGAAACCAUGGCAACCAUUACAGCGAUGGUCCCAAUCCGGAGGUGGAAAGCUGUUUGCCCGGGGUGAUAAUGUCCCUGCAUCCCAGAUACAUCUCUUUCCUUUGGCAAGUGGCAGACUUAGGGAGCAGCCUAAAUAUGCCAUCUCUCCGAGACGGUGCCAGGGUGCUUAUGAAACUGAUGCCACCAGACAGCACAACGAUAGAGAAGCUGAGGGCGAUCUGCCUGGACCACGCCAAGCUUGGCGAGAGCAGCCUUAGCCCGUCUCUCGACUCGCUCUUCUUUGGGCCUUCCGCUUCCCAAGUGCUGUACCUGACCGAGGUGGUCUAUGCCUUGCUCAUGCCUGCGGGGGCGCCUCUGGCUGAAGACUCCUCUGAUUUCCAGUUUCACUUCUUAAAAAGUGGCGGCCUGCCCCUGGUCCUGAGCAUGCUGACCCGGAAUAACUUCCUGCCCAGCGCAGACAUGGAGACGCGAAGGGGUGCCUACCUCAACGCCCUGAAAAUAGCCAAGCUCCUGCUGACGGCCAUCGGCUACGGCCAUGUGCGCGCCGUGGCGGAGGCGUUCCAGCCGGGCGUGGAAGGCGUGAACCCUCUCACAUCGGUCAAUCAGGUCACGCACGACCAGGCGGUGGUGCUGCAGAGCGCGCUGCAGAGCAUCCCGAACCCGUCGUCCGAGUGCAUGCUGCGGAACGUGUCCAUCCGCCUGGCCCAGCAGAUCUCCGACGAGGCUUCGAGGUACAUGCCCGACAUCUGCGUGAUCAGAGCCAUUCAGAAAAUCAUCUGGGCCUCCGGGUGUGGCGCUCUGCAGCUGGUGUUCAGCCCGAAUGAAGAAAUCACGAAAAUUUAUGAGAAGUCCAAUGUGGGCAACGAGCUGGACCUGGAAGACGAGCAGGUUUGCUGCGAAGCGUUGGAAGUGAUGACGCUGUGUUUUGCCUUGAUUCCCACGGCCUUGGAUGCUCUGAGCAAAGAGAAGGCGUGGCAGACAUUCAUUAUCGACUUGCUACUGCACUGUCACAGCAAGACCGUCCGCCAGGUGGCGCAGGAACAGUUCUUCCUGAUGUGCACCAGAUGCUGCAUGGGCCACCGGCCGCUGCUCUUCUUCAUCACGCUGCUCUUCACCGUCCUGGGGAGCACAGCCAGGGAGAGAGCCAAACACUCGGGUGACUACUUCACUCUCCUGAGGCACCUUUUGAAUUACGCUUACAACAGCAACAUUAAUAUACCCAAUGCCGAGGUUCUUCUCAACAAUGAAAUUGAUUGGCUGAAAAGAAUUAGGGAUGAGGUGAAGAGAACAGGUGACACAGGUGUUGAGGAGACAAUCUUGGAAGGACACCUGGGGGUAACAAAGGAGUUGCUGGCCUUUCAAACCCCCGAGAAGAAGUAUCACAUCGGUUGUGAGAAGGGGGGUGCCAGCCUCAUUAAAGAGCUAAUUGACGACUUCAUCUUCCCUGCAUCCAACGUGUACCUGCAGUACAUGAGGAACGGGGAGUUGCCCGCCGAGCAGGCCAUCCCCGUCUGCAGCUCCCCGGCCACCAUCAAUGCUGGCUUUGAGCUACUGGUGGCACUGGCUGUGGGCUGCGUGAGGAAUCUCAAGCAGAUAGUAGAGUCUUUGACUGAAAUGUAUUACAUUGGCACAGCAAUAACUACCUGUGAGGCACUUACGGAGUGGGAGUACCUGCCCCCUGUUGGGCCCCGCCCUCCCAAAGGAUUUGUGGGGCUGAAGAACGCCGGCGCUACCUGCUACAUGAACUCCGUGAUCCAGCAGCUCUACAUGAUCCCCUCCAUCCGGAACGGUAUUCUGGCCAUUGAAGGCACAGGUAGUGAUGUAGAUGAUGAUAUGUCUGGGGAUGAGAAGCAAGACAACGAGAGCAAUGUGGAUCCCAGAGAUGAUGUAUUCGGAUAUCCUCAGCAGUUUGAGGACAAACCAGCACUGAGUAAAACGGAGGAUAGGAAGGAGUACAACAUCGGUGUGCUCCGGCACCUGCAGGUUAUCUUUGGCCACUUGGCUGCUUCCCGGCUGCAGUACUACGUGCCCCGAGGAUUCUGGAAGCAGUUCCGGCUUUGGGGUGAGCCUGUUAACCUGCGUGAGCAACAUGACGCUUUAGAAUUUUUUAAUUCUCUGGUGGAUAGUUUAGAUGAAGCUUUGAAAGCCUUAGGACAUCCCGCUAUGCUAAGUAAAGUUUUAGGAGGUUCCUUUGCUGAUCAGAAGAUUUGCCAAGGCUGCCCACAUAGAUACGAGUGUGAAGAAUCUUUUACGACUUUGAAUGUAGACAUUCGAAAUCACCAAAAUCUUCUUGAUUCUUUGGAACAAUAUGUCAAAGGAGAUUUAUUAGAAGGUGCAAAUGCAUAUCAUUGUGAGAAAUGCAAUAAGAAGGUUGAUACUGUAAAACGCCUGCUAAUUAAAAAAUUACCUCCUGUUCUUGCUAUUCAACUGAAACGAUUUGACUAUGACUGGGAAAGAGAGUGUGCGAUCAAAUUCAAUGAUUACUUUGAGUUUCCGCGAGAGCUGGACAUGGAGCCUUACACGGUGGCAGGCGUCGCCAAGCUGGAGGGGGAUAGCGUGACCCCCGAGAGCCAGCUGAUCCAGCAGAACGAGCAGUCCGAGAGCGAGGCAGCGGGCAGCACCAAGUACAGGCUGGUGGGCGUGCUGGUGCACAGUGGGCAGGCGAGUGGCGGCCACUAUUACUCCUACAUCAUCCAGAGGAACGGCGUGGACGGUGAGAGGAACCGCUGGUAUAAGUUCGACGACGGCGACGUGACCGAGUGUAAAAUGGAUGACGACGAAGAAAUGAAAAACCAGUGCUUCGGGGGAGAGUACAUGGGAGAAGUGUUCGAUCACAUGAUGAAGCGCAUGUCAUACAGGCGCCAGAAGAGGUGGUGGAAUGCCUACAUCCUCUUCUAUGAGCGACUGGACACCAUAGACCAAGGUGAUGAGUUGGUGAGAUACAUAUCCGAGCUGGCCGUCACCAGCAGGCCCCGUCAGAUCGUCAUGCCCUCGGCCAUCGAGAGAAGCGUGCGCAAGCAGAACGUGCAGUUCAUGCAUAACCGGAUGCAGUACAGCUUGGAGUAUUUCCAGUUCAUGAAAAAAUUGCUUACGUGUAAUGGUGUUUACUUAAACCCUCCUCCCGGGCAAGAUCACCUGUUGCCUGAAGCAGAAGAAAUCACCAUGAUUAGUAUUCAACUUGCUGCUAGGUUCCUCUUCACCACGGGGUUUCAUACCAAGAAAGUAGUCCGUGGCUCGGCCAGUGAUUGGUAUGAUGCACUGUGUAUUCUCCUUCGUCACAGCAAGAAUGUGCGCUUUUGGUUUGCUCACAACGUCCUUUUCAAUGUUUCCAAUCGCUUCUCUGAAUACCUCUUGGAGUGCCCCAGUGCGGAAGUGAGGGGCGCGUUUGCAAAGCUGAUCGUUUUCAUCGCACACUUCUCCUUGCAAGAUGGCCCGUGCCCUUCGCCUUUUGCGUCUCCCGGACCUUCUAGUCAGGCUUAUGACAACCUGAGCCUCAGCGAUCACCUGCUGAGAGCGGUGCUGAACCUCCUGAGGAGGGAGGUCUCGGAGCACGGGCGCCAUCUGCAGCAGUAUUUCAACCUGUUCGUGAUGUAUGCCAAUUUAGGUGUGGCCGAGAAGACACAGCUUCUGAAACUGAGUGUGCCUGCCACCUUUAUGCUUGUGUCUCUGGACGAAGGCCCAGGGCCUCCCAUCAAAUACCAGUAUGCUGAGCUGGGCAAGCUGUACUCAGUAGUGUCACAGUUGAUCCGCUGUUGCAAUGUCUCGUCCAGAAUGCAGUCCUCAAUCAAUGGUAAUCCUCCUCUUCCCAACCCUUUUGGUGAUCCCAAUUUAUCACAGCCUAUAAUGCCAAUUCAGCAGAAUGUGGCAGACAUUUUAUUUGUGAGGACAAGCUAUGUGAAGAAAAUCAUUGAGGAUUGCAGUAACUCGGAGGAAACCGUCAAACUGCUUCGUUUUUGCUGCUGGGAGAAUCCUCAGUUCUCAUCUACUGUCCUCAGUGAACUUCUGUGGCAGGUUGCGUACUCCUACACUUACGAGCUGCGGCCCUAUUUGGACCUGCUUCUGCAGAUCUUGCUGAUUGAGGACUCCUGGCAGACACACAGAAUUCAUAAUGCACUUAAAGGAAUCCCAGAUGACCGAGAUGGGCUGUUUGACACAAUCCAGCGCUCUAAGAACCACUAUCAGAAGAGGGCCUACCAGUGCAUAAAGUGCAUGGUGGCUCUCUUCGGCAAUUGUCCUGUUGCUUACCAGAUUUUGCAGGGCAAUGGCGAUCUGAAAAGGAAGUGGACCUGGGCAGUGGAGUGGCUCGGAGAUGAGCUCGAAAGACGACCGUACACUGGCAACCCUCAGUACACGUAUAACAACUGGUCCCCUCCGGUGCAAAGCAAUGAGACCUCAAAUGGUUAUUUCUUGGAGAGAUCGCAUAGUGCUAGGAUGACCCUUGCAAAAGCUUGUGAACUCUGUCCAGAGGAGGAGCCAGAUGACCAAGACGCGCCAGAUGAGCAUGAGUCGCCUCCCCCUGAAGAUGCCCCGCUAUACCCCCACUCCCCGGGAUCUCAGUAUCAACAGAACAACCACGUGCACGGACAGCCGUACACCGGCCCCGCGGCGCAUCACAUGAACAACCCGCAGCGAGCUGGCCAGCGAGCACAAGAAAACUACGAGGGCAGCGAAGACGUGUCCCCGCCGCAGACGAAGGAUCAGUGA